UUUUUGGAGGAAAUUUAUUUAAUUACACGUAUGUCUGAUCACGAACAAGACCAUGAUUUCGCAACCGGAGAUGCUGGUGCAUCAGCAACUUAUCCAAAACAGUGCUCUGCUCUUCGCAAAAACGAAUUCGUUAUGAUAAAGGGACGUCCGUGCAAGAUCGUUGAAAUGAGUACUUCGAAGACUGGCAAGCAUGGACAUGCAAAGGUUCAUAUUGUUGCGCUUGAUAUUUUUACCAAUAAAAAACUGGAAGAUAUUUGCCCAUCUACUCAUAAUAUGGAAGUGCCAGUUGUUAAGCGUAAAGAAUAUCAGCUUCUUGCAAUCAAUGAGGACGGUUUUGUUAGCAUGAUGGAUUUGGAUACUUGUGACACUAAAGACGAUCUUCGUAUUCCGGAAGGUGAACUUGGUGAACAGAUUAAGCAAGCAUUCGAAAAGGACGAAAAUGGAAUUCUUGUUACUGUUGUCUCUGCUUGUGGAGAAGAAGUGGUUCUUGGCUGGAAGAAUAUGCCAAAUCGUGAUUAA